AUGCUGUUGCUCGUGAUGGGUGGUGGAAUUGGUAUGUUCAACUGUUUGUACACUGUUAUGCAGCAGUUGCUGUGCACCAGAGGUUACUCGAAUGGAGUUGCUGGUGCCUGUGCUGCUUUAAUGAUCACCGGUGGAAUCUGCGGAUCUGCAGCAUCAAGUAUAUUUUCAUAUUCCUUUUAUAGUUUUUUGUUUCGGAGGACUGCUGGAGCGAAAUUCAAUGGAAAGUCUUAA